AUGAAAGUUGCAUUAAUAUUAUGCUUGCUUAGCUUAUCACUCGCAAGAUUAUACUUCCCACGCGACUCCACCAAUUUCGUAAGGCAAACUCCAAAGCCUCUCUCAGAAGGAGACGAAGUCUUCCUUAUAAUUGAAGGUGUUUUACAAGGAAUUGCUUUAGAUUCAGACAUCAAUGACAUUCAAGACUGCAUCAAAGAUACCCUCGCAAUCAAAGAAAGUUUCUUAAAAGCUGUUUCUCUUCUCAAGCUCCGCACACUUACUUCAGCUUCCGAAGCUCUUAAAGAAAUAAAAGCAGCCUUGAACACCCUCCCAAAGGUUCUUUCAGACUGUGGUGACUCAUUAAGAGACUCCUCCAGGGUUUUCCAUGUCCUAAACAUCUUUGAAAAUCCUAUGACUUUCAGCUUCAAUGAUGGCCAAAUUUUGGUAAAUGGGGUUGACCUUCAUAAAGACUUUUAUGAUGCAGUCCAAGCCUACGAAACUAAACAAUGGAAAAUGUUUGGGUUCUACAUUGGUGCAGCCCUAAUGAAGGUUCAAGGAACUGGAAUAAUCGUUAUAGCUUAA